AUGAGGACCGAGCGCGCUGCACUUUGCAUUGUCCUGGUGAUUAUGUCUUCAACACUCUCAUCCUGCUUUCCUUUUCCGGUAUGUCAUUUCCAUUUACCUGGAUGCACUGAAGCGCUUUGCCAAACAAAAUGCUCGGAGUAUGCCAGUAAGGUUAACAAAGUGGCAAAGUGCUCCAAAUGUGAUAGGCCAGAUAUUUGCCACUGUGAGUGUUCUGCCAAGCAGCAUCUGCCGCAUACGACCGAAGUCAUGGGAUUAGCUGAUGCCGAGGACGAUAAUGGAACUUUUGUUUGA